UCUCUCUCUCUUUUUCCCCCUCCCAUCUCCUCCUCCGCCUCCAUCCACCUCUAAAAAUAAAUAUCCUCGUCGACACAACACAAAAAAAGAAAAACAAACAAGCAAUUGAGAAGACGAUCGAUCGAGGUUGGUUAGUUUAACGCGCGGCGACUAUAUAUGAACAAAAUGAAAGAGCAGGCGGCGGCGCCCGCAGCCCCAGCGGCAGCGGCAGCGGCAGCAGCGCCAUCGCCUUCUGUGGUGAAGUCUUUCUUCACCGUCUUCAUGCACGCGGACGCUGUGGACAACGUUCUGAUGCUCCUCGGCUUCGUCGGGGCGGUGGGGGACGGUCUCUCGACCCCCGUCAUGCUCCUCAUCACCAGCAAAAUCUUCAACGACCUCGGCAGCGGCCCUGGCGCUCUCUCCCAGUUCACCCACAAAAUCAGCAUUAAUGCGCGGAAUCUGCUGUUCUUGGCGUGCGGAAACUGGGUCAUGGCCUUCCUCGAGGGGUUCUGCUGGACGCGAACCGGGGAGCGGCAGGCGGCGCGGAUGCGCGCGGGGUAUCUGAAGGCGGUGCUGCGGCAGGACGUGGAGUACUUCGACCUCAAGGUGGGGUCCACCACGGAGGUCAUCACCAGCGUCUCCAGCGACUCCCUCGUCAUCCAGGACGUGCUCAGCGAGAAGGUGCCCAACUUCGUCAUGAACGCGUCCAUGUUCCUGGGCAGCUACGCCGUGGGGUUCUUCCUGCUGUGGCGGCUGGCGCUGGUGGCGCUGCCCACCGUCCUGCUGCUCAUCAUCCCGGGCCUCAUGUACGGCCGGAUGCUCAUGGGGCUCGCCAGGGAGAUCCGCGACGAGUACGGCAAGGCCGGGGCCGUGGCGGAGCAGGCCGUGUCGUCCGUGCGCACCGUCUACUCCUUCGUGGCCGAGGCCCGCACCAUGGAGAGGUUCUCCGCCGCCCUCCAGGACUCGGUCCGCCUCGGCCUCCGCCAGGGCCUCGCCAAGGGCCUCGCCAUCGGCAGCAACGGCAUCACCUUCGCCAUCUGGGCCUUCAACGUCUGGUACGGCAGCCGCCUCGUCAUGUACCACGGCGCCCAGGGCGGCACCGUCUUCGCCGUCAGCGCCUCCAUCGUCGUCGGCGGCCUAGCACUUGGGUCGGGGCUCUCCAAUGUGAAGUACUUCUCGGAGGCGACCUCGGCCGGAGAGCGAAUUCAGGAAGUUAUCAGGAGGGUGCCGAAGAUCGAUUCGGCGAGUGCGGAGGGCGAGGUGCUGGAGAACGUGUCGGGGGACGUCGAAUUCAAGGGGGUGGAAUUCGCGUACCCGUCGCGGCCGGAGAACCCGAUAUUCGUGAAUUUCAGUCUGAAAGUGCCGGCGGGGAGGACGGUGGCGCUGGUGGGCGGCAGCGGGUCGGGCAAGUCCACGGUGAUCGCGCUGCUGGAGAGGUUCUACGACCCGCUGGGGGGCGAGAUUUUGGUAGACGGGGUGGACAUCCGGAGGCUCAGGCUCAAGUGGCUGAGGUCGCAGAUGGGGCUGGUCAGUCAGGAGCCCGCGCUCUUCGCGACUUCCAUUAAAGAGAACAUUCUCUUCGGCAAAGAGGAUGCCACCGCCGAGGAGGUGGUGGCAGCUGCAAAGGCUUCGAAUGCUCACAACUUCAUCUCCCAGUUGCCCCACGGAUAUGACACCCAGGUUGGAGAACGGGGAGUGCAGAUGUCGGGGGGACAGAAGCAAAGAAUAGCGAUAGCGAGGGCCAUUCUCAAGUCCCCCAAGAUCCUCCUGCUCGACGAGGCCACCAGCGCGCUGGACACGGAGUCGGAGCGCGUCGUGCAGGACGCGCUCGACGCGGCCUCCGUCGGCCGGACCACCAUUGUGAUCGCGCACCGCCUCUCCACCGUGCGCAACGCCGACGUGAUCGCGGUCAUGCAGGCCGGCGAGGUCCGCGAGCUCGGCUCCCACGACGAGCUCAUCGCCGACGACGGCGCCCUCUACUCCUCUCUCGUCCGCCUGCAGCAGGCGAAAGACUCCCGAGAGGAGGGCGUGCUGCCGGCGGCGACUGGUUCGUCCUCCCAGCUGGGCAGCAGCAGCCACAGCAUGAGCAGGAGGUUCUCGGCCGCCAGCAGGUCCAGCUCGGCGCGCUCGUCCGGCAAGGACGACGGCGACGGCGAUGACGCGGAGCUGCGGACGCUGCCGGUGCCAUCGUUCCGGAGGCUGCUGAUGAUGAAUGCGCCGGAGUGGAAGCAGGCGGUCCUGGGGAGCUUCAGCGCAGUCGUGUUCGGCGGAGUGCAGCCGGUCUACGCGUACGCCAUGGGGAGCAUGAUAUCCGUCUAUUUUCUGACGGACGACGGCGAGAUCAAGGCGAAGACGAGGACCUACGCGCUCAUCUUCGUGGGGCUGUCGGUGCUGUCGUUCCUGAUCAAUAUAGGACAGCACUACAACUUUGGGGCCAUGGGAGAGUACCUCACGAAGAGGGUCAGGGAGCGGAUGCUCUCCAAGAUCCUAACCUUCGAGGUCGGCUGGUUCGAUCAGGACGACAACUCUUCUGGGGCCAUCUGCUCCCAGCUAGCCAAGGAUGCCAAUGUGGUGAGAUCACUAGUCGGAGACAGGAUGGCUCUGAUCAUUCAAACCGUCUCCGCCGUCACCAUCGCGUGCACCAUGGGUCUCGUCAUUGCGUGGCGAUUGGCUCUGGUCAUGAUCGCCGUCCAGCCCCUCAUCAUCGUCUGCUUCUACGCUCGCCGAGUCCUCCUCAAGAGCAUGUCCAAGAAGGCCGUCAAGGCGCAAGCCGAGAGCAGCAAGCUCGCCGCGGAGGCCGUUUCCAACCUCCGCACCGUCACCGCCUUCUCCUCGCAGGACCGCAUUCUCCGCCUGUUCGACGUCGCCCAAGAGGGCCCACGCAGGGAAAGCAUUCGGCAGUCGUGGUUCGCCGGCCUAGGCCUCGCCACCUCCAUGAGCCUCAUGACUUGCACUUGGGCCCUCGACUUUUGGUACGGCGGCAAGCUCCUCACGGAGGGGCUUAUCACGGCCAAGGCUCUAUUUCAAACGUUUAUGAUUCUCGUCAGCACCGGUCGGGUCAUCGCGGAUGCCGGCAGCAUGACGACCGACUUAGCCAAGGGUGCCGACGCGGUUGGUUCCGUGUUUGCCGUGCUCGAUCGGGACACUCGCAUUAAUCCUGAGGACCCUGAGGGUUACAAGCCGGAGAAGCUCAAAGGCGAGGUGGAUAUUAAGGGAGUCGACUUCGCCUACCCGGCGCGACCUGAUGUGAUCAUCUUUAAAGGGUUCUCGUUGAGCAUCCGUGCCGGUAAGUCGACCGCACUUGUUGGGCAUAGCGGGUCCGGCAAAUCCACCAUCAUCGGGCUUAUUGAGCGGUUCUAUGAUCCGCUGAAGGGGUCGGUGAGAAUUGACGGGCGGGACAUCAGGGAGUACCACCUGCGUUCCGUAAGGAGGCACAUAGGGAUGGUCGGCCAAGAGCCGACGUUGUUUGCGGGGACCAUUCGCGAUAACAUCAUCUACGGGACGGAUGCUGCGACCGAGGCGGAGAUCGAGAAUGCCGCGAGGGCCGCGAACGCGCACGACUUCAUAAGCAACCUUAAAGACGGAUACGGCACGUGGUGCGGCGAUCGCGGCGUUCAGCUGUCCGGCGGGCAAAAGCAGCGGAUCGCAAUUGCGAGGGCGAUACUGAAGAAUCCGGCGAUUCUGCUGCUGGACGAGGCAACAAGUGCUCUCGACAGCCAGUCCGAGAAGGUGGUGCAAGAGGCUCUAGAGAGAGUGAUGGUGGGGAGGACCAGCGUUGUGGUGGCUCAUAGGCUGAGCACUAUACAGAAUUGUGAUCUUAUAGCUGUGCUAGAGAGGGGAGUGGUUGUGGAGAAGGGGACUCAUGCUUCUCUCAUGGCUAAGGGGCCUACGGGAACGUACUUUGGGCUGGUCAGACUCCAGCAAGGUGUCAAAUUAGGAAUUAAUCAACACUGAAUUCCUUAUCUUAAUUAUAACUGAUACUAUUAUUCGAUAUAUAUUUCAUAAGCGGUUUGAUUUCUCAA